CUCCAGGUGUGCCGUGUGCUCUCUGACUGCUGCGCGCUUUUCUUCCCCGCAGGGGUAGGAACUGCGUUCUCAUGGCUGAGGUGAAGGUAAAGCUGCAGCCACCCGACGCAGAUCCAGUGGAAAUAGAAAACAGGAUUAUAGAAUUAUGUCACCAGUUCCCUCAUGGAAUCACAGACCAAGUAAUUCAAAACGAAAUGCCUCAUAUAGAAGCUCAGCAGCGGGCAGUGGCAAUCAAUAGACUGUUGUCUAUGGGUCAGUUGGAUCUUUUAAGAAGCAAUACAGGCCUUUUGUAUAGAAUAAAGGAUUCUCAGAAUGCUGGUAAAAUGAAGGGAUCAGAUAACCAAGAAAAACUAGUAUAUCAGAUCAUAGAGGAUGCAGGAAAUAAAGGAAUAUGGAGCAGAGAUAUCCGAUACAAAAGUAAUUUGCCAUUAACAGAAAUCAACAAAAUUUUAAAGAAUUUGGAAAGUAAAAAGCUUAUCAAAGCUGUUAAGUCUGUGGCAGCCUCAAAAAAAAAGGUGUAUAUGCUCUAUAACCUGCAGCCUGACCGGUCUGUGACUGGGGGAGCCUGGUAUAGUGACCAAGAUUUUGAAUCUGAAUUUGUAGAGGUGCUUAACCAGCAGUGUUUUAAGUUCCUACAAACCAAGGCAGAAACAGCCCGAGAAAGCAAACAGAAUCCAAUGAUACAAAGAAAUAGUUCAUUUGCUUCAUCACACGAAGUGUGGAAAUAUAUCUGUGAACUAGGGAUCAGUAAGGUAGAGUUGUCCAUGGAGGACAUUGAAACCAUCUUGAAUACACUCAUAUAUGAUGGGAAAGUGGAGAUGACUAUCAUCGCUGCAAAAGAAGGCACAGUUGGCAGUGUAGAUGGACACAUGAAACUAUAUAGGGCGGUCAAUCCAAUCAUCCCACCGACGGGUUUGGUCCGGGCCCCCUGUGGACUCUGCCCGGUUUUCGAUGACUGCCAUGAAGGUGGUGAGAUUUCACCAUCUAACUGUAUUUACAUGACAGAGUGGCUCGAAUUUUAAUAGAGAGCUAUUUAACUCAUGAUGGAACAUCAAAUUCCCUUGAAAGGAAACUUCACAAUAAUGGAUACAGACUUGCUGCUAUGAAAAUAUAUUUUUUAUCUAUGAAGACUAAAUUUAUAUUGGUAGAGUAACCAACAGAAUGUGAAGCAGAUAAGGUUAGUAGUGAAAUCCAUUCUUCAAUAAAUAAAAUACUCUCAAAAUUCUGGAGGACAACACCUGAAGCUUUCAAGACUUGAUUGUCCAAGGAAAAAGAAGCCAACAAAUGUAUAUUUACCAAUGGAUAAUGGCUAGAGCCUAAAAAUGCUUGUUUUGAAGUUAUUAAGGUUACUUCAUUGGAAAUUGUUUAUAUCUGGUUCAUUAUCAACAUUUCUGUUUUCUGAAUGGUUCCAUUGAGAAGAAAUCAAAACAGGAAAGGAAGGAAUAAAGCAGUCUAUGCAUGAGUGGAGGAGAGAAUUGGAACAUCCUUUUUCCACACUCCUAAUUCCUUUUCAUGUCAGAAUUAUUCUUUCAGAGGAUUAUGCUACUGUAUUUACUUUAAAUCUAAAUGACCAUUGUCAAGGAUAUGUUUUCAGUCCAUAAAUAUUAACUAUUAUUCUCAUUCUGAAGGAUUCUUUUCACUAGACCUUCUUUGUUAAAGUCUUACGAUUUCACUU